GGGGCGUGGGCUCCUGGUCCGCUGCUUCUCGGGGGAGGCAUCGCUGCCGAGCGCGUCUCCGCAGCCAGCAUCUUGAGCUGCAGCCGCUCUUUGUUCUGUCUGCUGCCUUCUGGACCCUGGGUCCAUUCCUCGCCUCCCAGCCCUCUCCACCCGCCUGCCCCUGCAUCAGGACCAGCAUCCUGGUCCGUGUCCGUCCCUCCAACCCCCACCAGCGGGGUCCCCCUCGCCCGGGGAGCCCGCCCCGCCCCACCCCUCCAGGCCGGGGAUGCGUCCAGCAGCCCUGCGCCCAUGGUCCUGACGCUGCUCCUGUCCGCCUACAAGCUGUGCCGCUGCUUCUUCGCGAUGUCAGGCCCCCGGCCCGGCGCCGACCGCCUCGCAGUGCCGGGCCCGGAGCGGGGCGGCGGCGAGGGUCCGUGGUGGGCAGCCGGCGGCCGCGGGCCCCGCGAGGUAUCUCCCGGGGUGGGCACCGAAGUGCAGGGCGCCCUGGAGCGCUCGCUGCCUGAGCUGCAGCAGGCGCUGUCCUCGCUCAAGCAGGCGGGCGGCGCGCGGGCGCUGGGCGCAGGCCUGGCCGAGGUCUUCCAGCUCGUGGAAGAGGCCUGGCUGCUGCCAGCCGUGGGCCGCGAGGUAGCCCAAGGCCUGUGCGAUGCCAUCCGCCUGGAUGGUGGCCUCGACCUGCUUCUGCGGCUGCUGCAGGAGCCCGAGCUGGAGACGCGGGUGCAGGCCGCGCGCCUGCUGGAGCAGAUCCUGGUGGCUGAGAACCGGGACCGAGUGGCACGCAUCGGAAUGGGCGUGAUCCUGAACUUAGCCAAGGAGCUGGAGCCGGUGGAGCUGGCGCGGAGUGUGGCAGGCAUCUUGGAGCACAUGUUCAAACACUCGGAGGAGACCUGCCAGCGGCUGGUGGCGGAGGGUGGCCUGGACGCCGUGCUGUACUGGUGCCGGCGCACCGACCCUGCGCUGCUGCGCCACUGCGCGCUGGCGCUGGCCAACUGCGCGCUGCACGGGGGUCAGGCGGCGCAGCGCCGCAUGGUGGAGAAGCGCGCCUCCGAGUGGCUCUUCCCGCUCGCCUUCUCCAAGGAGGACGAGCUGCUGCGGUUGCACGCCUGCCUCGCCGUGGCCGUGCUGGCCACCAACAAGGAGGUGGAGCGCGAGGUGGAACGCUCGGGCACGCUGGCGCUCGUGGAGCCGCUCGUGGCCUCGCUGGACCCCGGCCGCUUCGCCCGCUGCCUGGUGGACGCCAACGACACGAGCCAGGGCCGAGGCCCCGACGACCUGCAGCGGCUCGUGCCCUUGCUCGACUCGUCGCGCUUGGAGGCUCAGUGCAUCGGGGCUUUCUACCUCUGCGCAGAGGCGGCCAUCAAGAGCCUGCAGGGCAAGACCAAGGUGUUCAGUGACAUUGGUGCCAUCCAAAGCCUGAAACGCCUGGUUUCCUACUCCACCAAUGGCACCACGUCGGCACUGGCCAAGCGUGCGCUACGCCUGCUGGGUGAGGAGGUGCCACGGCCCAUCCUGCCCUGCGUGGCCAGCUGGAAGGAGGCCGAAGUCCAGACGUGGCUGCAGCAGAUUGGCUUCUCUCAGUUCUGCGAGAACUUCCGGGAGCAGCAGGUAGAUGGUGACCUGCUUUUGCGCCUCACAGAGGAGGAACUCCAGACAGACCUGGGCAUGAACUCAGGCAUCACCCGCAAGAGAUUCCUUAGGGAGCUCACAGAACUUAAGACCUUUGCCAACUAUGCUACAUGUGACCGCAGCAACCUGGCUGAUUGGCUGGGCAGCCUGGACCCUCGCUUCCGCCAGUACACGUACAGCCUGGUCAGCUGUGGUCUUGACCGUUCCCUGCUGCACCGCGUGUCUGAGCAGCAGCUCCUGGAGGACUGUGGCAUCCGUCUGGGUGUGCACCGCACCCGCAUCCUCACUGCUGCCCGAGAAAUGCUUCACUCUCCACUGCCCUGCACCAUCUACAAGCCCAGUGGGGAAACCCCAGAUGUCUUCAUCAGCUACCGCCGGAACUCGGGCUCCCAGCUAGCCAGCCUCCUGAAGGUGCACCUGCAGUUGCACGGCUUCAGUGUCUUCAUUGAUGUGGAGAAGCUGGAAGCAGGCAAGUUUGAGGACAAGCUCAUCCAGAGUGUCAUGAGUGCCCGAAACUUCGUGCUGGUGCUGUCGGCUGGGGCAUUGGACAAAUGCAUGCAGGACCAUGACUGCAAGGACUGGGUGCACAAGGAGAUUGUGACAGCUUUGAACUGUGGCAAGAACAUUGUGCCUGUCAUCGAUGGCUUUGAGUGGCCAGAGCCCCAGGCCCUACCUGAGGACAUGCAGGCUGUGCUCACCUUCAAUGGCAUCAAGUGGUCCCAUGAAUACCAGGAGGCCACCAUCGAGAAGAUCAUCCGCUUCCUGCAGGGCCGCCCCUCCCAGGACUCAUCCGCAGGCUCCGAUACCAGUUUGGAGGGUGCUACACCUGUGGGCCCAAUUUAACCAGUCCUAGUUCCUAAGCCCUUCAGUGACCCAUUUCCAUUGUCCAACCCCACCCAAUGGAGCAACUCCUAAACCGGCUUCUCUGGGCUGAGACAGCCAGGGCUCUUCUCAGGAAAUGGCUCUCCCUCUCCACCUCUUGGUUCCCCUCAAACCCAGCCUCCUCAGUAUCUGAAAAGGGAAGUCGGGCGCUGGGGGUGGUUAGGUGUUCCCCCAAACUCUGUUCUGGGUGUGGAAGGGUCACUUCUCUGUCCCAGAGGCACCGAGAUGGAGGGUGUGCUUCAGGCUGCUCCUAUUGUUGCCUCAACAGCAGCCAGCUUGAGCAGGAUGAUGGCAGGCUGCCCCUGACAGGCGAAGCCCAGCACCACUCAACUGAGUAAGAGCCAGGGCUCAGGAACCAGCCAGGAAUGAGAGUCUAUUGUCUGACCACUUCCAGCUGCCUUGUGGCCUUGCCUAUAAACCACCUAGUGCCCUUAGCUGCCUGCUCUGCCUCUGGGCGCCUCCCCUCAGCCUUCCAGAGGUGUGGCCUCCUGGGUCAGGGGCUGAGUCAGGGCUACACUUACUGUGAUGUUACUUGGAAGCCUCAUCCUUGGAUUGGGGCUUGGGUGGGCUGUGUCAACCUCAUCCCAUGCCUCAGUGCUGUGCCUCAGGCUCCUGCCCUGCCUGACUCAGUUGGCUUCUCCUGGCCCCUCACCCACCACAGGUGGCCCACUUACUCAGGGGGAAGUGGGGCCAGGCAGAACCCCAUGUAGCAGCGAUAGCCAAGGCAGCACCCAUAGUAGCUCCACGUGGAGAUCCAGAAGUUGGCAUUUGAAUCACCUGGGAAUUCUGCAAAAUCUCCUUAAGGAACUGGGAUGCGGAUGGGGGAGUGAGGCUAGAGCCUGCAUUUCUCACAAACUUCCAGGUGAGUCAAUGCUGGUGGUCAAGGAGCAACACUUCAAAUAAGGCUCUAAAACACAAUUCCCUCACGAAUCUUUGCCACUUCCUACGGACUGUUCCAUGGUCUGUGUCACCAUCAGAACGUUCCUAUCUAAUAUCAUCUCCAUUUACCAGAGAAGGAAACUGAGGCUCAGAAAGGCUAGAUGACUUGCCUGGGUUCCCACAACAUUAGCAGUAGCCCCAGGGUCCAGGCCUGGCCUCCUGGUACUCAGUCCACCGGAGUAGUGAGACAUCCUAGAGUCCGCACCCCCACAGAGCCGUUACCCCAAAGAACCUAGCAGUGGAGCACUUGGUUUUCCACAGUGACUGACCCAGAGGCUAUACAGAGAGAGACAAGUAGGCAGGAACACCCUGCCCCUUCCUCCACUAGGGUAGGCGAGCAAGAAAGCAUCUGCCCUCCAGUCAUCCUGGGUUCCAGCUGAUGGACUCAGCUGGAGCCUGCCCCGCCCCGUCCCUCCUGAGGAUAGUGGCUUAUCCUUCAAGGCCGGCUCAGUUCCUAGAGUCACCCACAGGUGCUGUCUAGGUCACCUCUAGCUCUUGAGACCCAUCAUCAGAAAGUCAAAGCCCUAGGACUCCCUCCUUCCCUCCUCUCCUCCGUGUCACAUUCUCUAGCUGGUCCUGACCCAAACUCUGGAGCCGACUGCAACUACACUUGCUCCUCCUCCCUCAUGCCACACAUGUAUGUGCCCAGCAGUGCCGGGUCCCACACAUGAUGGUGAACCAGGCCAACUGGACGGUGCCCUCCCAGAGCAGAGAGUAGCAAUACAGUGUAUAUCCUGUCAGAGGAAGCUUUCUAUCUUUUUGUCCCCAAUCAGUGCCACUCUUUCCUGAAGUCCCACGGUGGUACUCCAGUUUGCUGGUCCAAUUUCCUUGUGUCUAAUAUACUCCCCAUUGCCCUGC